UGCACUGAACAAAAUUCUGAUUUGAUGGCGUUUGAUGUAAUCUUCGAAUUUUGGAGGAAUAUUUAAGGAAUUUUAACUGUUUGGAUUCCCAAUUAUCAGUCUGUGCAGUUUUUGCUUUUAUUGGAUGAUAGAUGGGUGUUCUGAGUACAUAUGGAUAGAAAGCGAAGUAUUCACAUAUCCGAUGGGUCUAUGGCACAGCUGUUUGUACCUAGUCCUUUUUCUCAUAGUGUCAGCAGAGAGGAAGAACUCCACCAUCAGAUACUCAGACAGAAGAGGAAAAGCUCUUAAGAUAUCAAAGAAACCUUGUUCCGACCCCAAUGGAAGGAAAGGAAUUUGCACUUUCAAGUGGGAUUGUAUUAAUCACAAUGGCACCCUUAUGGGUACUUGCAUGGACGGUUUUAUAUUCGGAACCUGUUGCCAAUAUGACUAUGAUCCCCUACUAGUUGAAGAUGCCUUAGACGAAUACCCAGUGUUUCAUGAUUCUAAUAAUUUUAUCUAUGAUGAUCAUAGAAAUGUCUACUCUACCACAUCAAGACGAACAACAACGAGAUCACCUACUCAGUCAACACCUGUCCAAAUCAUAUACCCACAACUACAACACCUAUCCACUCGACAAUCCACAACUACAACACCAAUUCGACCUGUUGUCACGACCAUACGCUCAACUGCCAUCACAAGACCAGCUACCACAACUAGCACUACAACCACUACCACAAGGAGACCUACCGUGACAACUUCAGCCAGCUCGUCAACUGGACUUGUAACUUGGUCAUCUGUAGGUCCUACAAGAAGGCCACAACCUGUUCCCCAACGCCCAAUUAUUUUGUCUCCCUUCCCAUUUCGUCCUGGAUUGAAUUUUGGACCCUCACAGGGUGCUUGGCCAAUUGGGAUCGCGUUCCCUGUAGAUCCUUUUCAAAUCAAUCGUCCUCUUCAAGUCUUCCGACCGCCAGCAGUGAUUCAAACUGCUCAAAGUACAGUGUCUAACAAGACAGUCCCUCUAAGUGGGUCGAAUUUUACUAUAUUUAAUGAUGCAAAUAAACCAGCAUUGAGAAAUAAUUCUUUGACUAAUGGCUCGACUACUGUCUCUGUACCAAUCCCGCAAUGGUCAACAGCUGCAUCGGCUACAACAACUAGUUUGCAAGUUAUUACAAAUAGUAUAAAUCGCCCAACAUCUUUACAACCUCAAAGGCCUGUGUUAUUUAUUUCUGGAAACAGUUCUACUUCGCAGCAAACAACUAGUACCACUACAAGACGCCCUAAUUUGGAUUAUAGGAGAGAUUGUGGAGUGAGAGCUUUGGGUCCUAAAGGCAGAAUCGUAGGAGGACAAAGUGCUUAUUUUGGACGAUGGCCUUGGCAGGUCUUGGUGAAAGAGGCGGCAUGGUUAGGUCUGUACCAAAAAAAUAAAUGUGGAGGUGUUUUGGUCUCAGCAAAAUAUGCGAUAACUGCAGGCCAUUGCCAGCCUGGGAGGUUUCUAUCAUCUUUGGUAGUUAUCCUGGGUGAGCAUGACAUACUAACAGAUCGAGAAAGGCUGAAGCCCGAGAUGCGCCGAGUGAAACGGAUGAUAGUCCACAGACAUUACAAUCCGCAAAAUUUCGAUAAUGACAUUGCACUUUUAGAAUUGGACCCUCCUGUGAUAUUCCGGCCUCACAUUUCUCCCAUUUGUUUGCCGGAACCAGACGAAGAUUUUACUGGAAGAUCAGCUUUUGUGACUGGAUGGGGAAAAACGACUCAUGGUGGAGCUAUUCCAAACCUCCUGCAAGAAGUCCAAGUCCCCAUCAUGAGUAAUGCCGAUUGCGUGGAAAUGUUCAAAGAAGCUGGACACACAAAGCUCAUUAAACCAACUUUCCUGUGUGCUGGAUACAAACAAGGAGGAAAGGACUCUUGUGAGGGAGACUCAGGAGGACCUCUGAUGGUGGAAAGAGAAAAUGGACAGUGGGUCCUGGCUGGAACAGUGUCUCAUGGUAUCCGCUGCGCGGACCCAAACUUACCAGGAGUCUACAUGAGAAUUUCUGCCUACAGACCGUGGAUCGAUAAAAUAAUGAAGAUUUAAUGCUUUUUGCAAAGUUUUUUUGU